UUCUGAAGCCAGUAGUAGACGUUUGGUCAUAGGCAGAGCUGGGAUGACUUAGUCAAUGAAAUCAGCACGUACAGAAACUCAGGUCCUGGUUUUACAGAUGAAUUAGUGUCUAAAGAGCCCCUCUGUCACCCUGUGCCCUCUGUCUCCCCUGUCCCCGAGAAAGUUUUGAGAAAUUUUCUACCAUUGAUACUGGGUCUCCUUGCUAAUCACCAAAUCAAGUCUGUGCUAAGAACCAAUGCUUUGUGUGAGUUUGUGGUUUCUUUUUAGUUUAUGAGAAGCUGUCUUCUACCCACCUGGCCUUCAGGCAUAAAAAGCCUCUUUCUAAAGAAGCAUCUAGAGUUCUGCUUCACAUCUGUAUCUGAGGGCUCCCUGUGUGGGGACUCUGUCCUUAUCAAGGAGCAUUCCAACCUGUCCUGAUUGUAGUUGGCUCCAGAGUUUUCAAAUGUCUUCAUGUGUAUUAGGUAGAGGAAGCACUCAAAUGAGCUGAGUGUUUCUACAUAACUGUGUCUUGGUUAACAGGGAAGGAUGGCUGGGUGGCACAGGCCACCCCCAAACAGAGAGAGGUAAAGACCCAAGAAGGCCAAUUUGCUUGUUUAGUAAAUUGAGACCCAUCCUUUGUCCAGUGCUGUGUCUGUUCCUGGGAAGUUUCCUGUCACAGAGUCUUAAGAGGAGACAGUCAUAUGCUAAAAAAUGAUUUCGUGUUACAAAUCAUUUAUUAUCAUGUUAUCAUGUCUUCGAUGAGGAAAUGCUGCUGUGCAGUUACAGCAAAGCAAGUGAUCUCAGAAGCUGGAGUCUCGGGUUGGCGCUGCUGCAGGAGAGAGGCAUUGGAAAGAGCAUCUCAGGAAGCAGAGGCUGAGCAGCCCCAGCUGGGGGAUGGGCUGGAGCAGUGCCCCCAGAAAGGGAAAAUUCUGAAAAAGCAUAGGAGAUAAAAGUGCUUCAAGGAUCCUGGGAACAGAGGGGAGGAAGCUGAGCUACAAUGGAAGCCCAGUGCGGUGGUGCGGAGUUCAUCCCAGAAAGUUCAAGGAGCAGCCAUGAGCUUGGAAACCAAGAUCAAGGAAUUCCCCAACUGAGAAUUGUCUUGCUUGGAAAAACUGGAGCAGGAAAGAGUUCAACAGGGAACAGUAUCCUUGGGAAAAAAGUAUUUAAUUCUGGCAUUUGUGCAAAAUCCAUCACCAAGGUCUGUGAGAAAAGGGUGAGCACCUGGGAUGGGAAAGAGCUUGUUGUCGUGGAUACACCCGGCAUUUUUGACACUGAAGUACCAGAUGCUGACACACAAAGGGAGAUCACUCGAUAUGUUGCCCUGACCUCUCCAGGGCCUCAUGCUCUGCUCCUGGUAGUUCCACUGGGGCGUUAUACUGUGGAAGAACACAAGGCUACACAGAAAAUUCUGGACAUGUUUGGAAAACAGGCUAGAAGAUUCAUGAUUCUCUUGCUCACCAGAAAGGAUGACUUAGAAGACACUGAUAUCCAUGAGUACUUAGAGAAGGCUCCUAAAUUCUUUCGAGAGGUGAUGCAUGAGUUCCAGAAUCGCUACUGUUUGUUCAACAACAGAGCCUCAGAUGCUGAAAAGGAAGAACAGAAGAUGCAAUUGUUGACCUUGGUCCAGAGCAUGGUGAGGGAAAAUGGUGGAAGAUGCUUUACUAAUAAGAUGUAUGAAAGUGCUGAGAGUGUGAUCCAGAAAGAGACCAGGAGGAUGCAAGAAUUAUACAGAGAGGAGCUAGAGAGAGAGAAAGCACGGAUAAGACGGGAGUAUGAAGAACAGAUUAGAGAUCUGAGAGAUGAACUGGAGAGGGAAAUGAGAAGGGCACGUAUGGAGAGGGAAUUCAAGGAGAGGGAAGCUGUCUUUACAAAGAAUCAACAAAAUGCUAGGAAGGAAGUUGAGAACACAAGUAUGAUACUUGAAUUAAUUAUAAAAGCAUGGGAGAUUGCUUCCUUUAUCUUCAACCAGUUUAUGAAAGACUAGGCUUAGUCUAUAAGACUAGACCUUAUUUCUAUUUUCUGCAUUUCCCUUGAUAACCCUGCCCUAUAGUGCUCACCCCUCGAUGCCCAAAUGCUCUAGCUUCUGUCUUCCAGGAUGAAAUAAUGAAGUAAAGUUUACCAUUGAUAGUUGUUCAAUUGACUUAUCGAGACAAUAACCAAUCUUUAAUUUGUGAAACUCCAAAGCUGAACGUAUUACUGCCUGCUGCCUUGAGUUCUUCCUCAAAUGAAAACCACCCAGGAGGCCACAGAAAAUGACUGUAAGACGAACCCAUUUCUCCUCUGGAAUCUCAACAGCAAUCCUCACCCGCAGCUUCCACACACGAUACCCAUAAUUUGGACAACCACCUUGUAUGUUUUAUUAGGAAGUUCCAUUCUUUGCAUGAGGUAAUCUUUAGUCAGAGAUAUAUAGCAGACAGUUCUCAAUGGACAUCAGGUUUGUUUAGUUAUAUUUUCACAAAUGGCAUCAAGUUGUUCCCCAGCUGGCCUUUGAAGGCCAAGCAGAUCUCACCAGUCAAGUAAUCCAGGUUGAACACAAGUUAGCAGCUCGGCAGGUGACACCACAAUGUUUGCUCUGUUCUGGUGGGCCUCCAACCUUUUCACCAGUGUGAUCAGUAGUCAGCUCUCUCCUUGAGAAACGAACUGGCUACUGCUUCUGCCCCCACCCAGCUCAUUUGCUUAUUGCUGUUAUAAUAAACUUUUCUGUUGCCUCACACA